GGAGUUGAAAUGUACAUGACAGGAUCCUCCAAGCACCUGGGGAACUGGGAGGAGAAGAAAGCGAAGAGGAUGAAGAGAAAUGGCGAUGGGAACUGGGAGAUUGAGAUUUAUUUCCCCGUUUCCCUUGAAAUCGUGUAUCAAUACAUGCUCAAGGACUUGGACGGGAGGCUUGUUUGGAGGAGCGCAAUAGUUCGCAAACAGAAGAUUCUUGAAACAGACACGUUCAGGAUUCACGAUUACAUCACAUGCGAAGAAGACAUCCAGACAGAC